AAUUUCUCUACUCUUGAGAGCUUGAUAGCAAAAAUUCAUGAUGACAGAAGAAUCGCGGAGAAAUCCCUUGAUCUUCCAUUAUAUUCUAGUCUCCUUACCAUGUUUGUUCCAAUUAAGUCCCGCUACUAGCUUUUGUCUGGUACACGAAGAUCUUAGUAAGGUCAUCAAUGGUGGCCCCUGAUUCGUUAUUUCCGGGCCUUUCAGCAGAAUACUAUGACACAAUCUCCUUGCAACGUAUUGGCAAUGAAAUCAGAACUCUUCUCCGUGUUGAUGCCCAUACAGCACACCAUACACGUGGACAAUAUGCUCGUGUGUGUGUUAGAAUAGAUUUGAAUAAACCCCUUGUAAAGCUUCUUAGAUUGGGCAAAAUUCGUCAGAAAGUUGUUUAUGAGGGGAUUAGGGGACUCUGCUUUGCGUGUGGUCGAAUUGGCCAUCGCAAAAAGGUUUGUACCUUUCAGUCUAGGCCAUUUGCAACUACUAGUGUCAUCAAUUUUGAUCUCCAAAACCAAGCAAACAUUAAUGAAGAUGCUAAAAUCAAUGUCACGGGUUGCCACAAGCUGGAGGCUUCAACCUCCACAGAAGGGGCAAGAGGCAUCCAAGUUGCUAGCAACAAUCAUGUCCCUAACUACACUGUGGAGCCUAAGCAUAGUCGGGAAAAUCAAUCUGAUGAAUUUGGUCCUUGGCUUAUUGUGGAGGAAAAAAAAAAGAAGAAGAAAACCCAGAAAUAUGUGCUAGAAUCUUCAUCGGAAGGGAAAAGCAACGGGCCCAAGGUAUCUAAGGGCCCCACAGAAUCGAACCAAAGAUCGGGUUCGAUGAACCAAAUGGGUUACAGUUCAGUCAAGGUUGGAAGAACUAACGGUACACCUGCAGGAGCAUUUAAUGUGAAAACUCAGUUCAAACCUGCUAAACAAACGAUUCUAAAAUCAACCGUUACCAACUCUACGUCUAACCAUAUGGAUGUAGGCCCAAAGAGGGAUUCCAUAUCUACAAGUUCUGCACCUAUUGGGAAAGAGAUUGAGGCCUCAUCCAAGACAACAAAUGAAGAUCUUGGCACAAAUGAGAAUGUGGGCCAAAGCAACAACCCAACAAAGGCCAUUAUUCCAACAGAGACUAUCUUUAGCCCAAUGACUGGGCCUUGUAGACUUUUUUCCAAUGCUCCAGCCAACCUUGAAGCUACGUUGCUCACUGUUAAAAAAAGGAUUAAAAAUCUUGAAUCAAGUUCCAACUUUACUUCUGCACCAUCAAAUUCCUCUAUUCUCCCAAAAUCUUCUUCAGAGAUCAGAAUUGAGCGAUCCAAUAGCAGCUUCGCCAAUUCCCCAACUCAGCCCCAAUUUGAAAGUCCUACUAGUCAACAACAACAAUGUGAUUUCAUUGGAGGAAGCCUUAGAGCUCUUAUUGUCAAGGGAGGAGAAAAUACACCCGUUAUGGAAGGAGAGGGAUCUAUUCAAGGCUUGGCGCAAUCCUCUCCUAACUCUCAAAUCCAUAGAUCCUCAUCCUUUUCUAAGCUCAGUGCCAGCUUUGAAGGAAGAUUCAAUAGCUAUGGUAGAUCAAUGCAGUACUCAAAAGCUAGAGAACAUCUCCAAAUCUUCGAUUUAAUGGGCAAGAUGGAGACGAUCCAUGUUAUCAUCAAGCCCUCAAUAUUGCUGGGGACGGAGGAGAUGGAUUACGAAUGCUUGAUGCUUCCGUGUCACUUUCUGGGGGCCAAAAUGAUGCUGUUGCACAGGGAAACUCAGGAGCCGUUGUUCGACCAGACUCUAGCUAAGUUAGCCUUGGGUCUCUCUAACUCCUAUUGUUGGUCAAUGAAGAUGCUCUCUUGGAAUUAUCGCGGUGCGGCUAAAAUGGAGUUCAAUAGGCGCAUGAGAGAUUUGAAGAAUCAACACUCUCCCUCAAUUAUGCUUAUUCUUGAAACAAAGCUCUUUGGCCAUGAUGCUAAGAAAGCGGCGGUUGAAUGUGGAUAUCCUUGUAGCCAUGUAGUUGAUUCAGAUGGUAGGGCUGGUGGUCUCUGGCUAUUGUGGGAUGAUAAUGAAGUGUGUGUCGAUGUCGUCACCUCAACUUUUCAAGCAAUCCACACAAUUGUCCAGGUACGCUCUCACUCCAUUUUCUCUAAAUUUCACUGGUUUCUUUCUGGUGUUUAUGGUAGACCCCAAUUUGAGCUUAGAUUUCACUUAUGGGAUGAACUACGUGAGGUUGCAAAAUAUUUCAAUGGGCCUUGGCUUGUGAUUGGAGACUUUAAUAAUGUUGUGGAUCAGGUUGAAAAUUUUGGGGGUGCUCCUAUUAGUCAAUCUCGUGUUCAUGCUUAUACUGACUGUAUGAGUGACUGUAUCCUCAUGGAUAUUGGGUACACAGGGGAACUUGUUCAUUCCUUUUCUAAGAGGAAAGGUCGGGUGGGGGAUAUGGUGGUUAAACUUGAUCUCGAAAAGGCCUAUGACAGGCUAGAAUGGAGCUUCAUUAGAGAAGCCUUAACUUUCUUCAAGUUCCCACCAAAACUCAUAUCUCUUGUUAUGAAUUGUGUUUCCUCUUCUACUAUUUCAAUUUUGGUUAAUGGUAAUAAAACUGAUGCUUUUCUUCCUUCUAGAGGCAUCCGUCAGGGUGAUCCUAUCUCACCUUAUUUGUUCAUCCUAUGCAUGGAAUACCUUUCUAUCAAACUUUCCAAUGGUAUGGCUAAAGGCAAAUGGAAGGGUUCUAAGGCGGGUAAGCGUGGACCUACUUUAUCUCAUAUUUUUUUCGCUGAUGACUUAAUUUUUCUUGGGAAAGCUACUCUUACCAAUGCACAAUAUCUUAAGGAUACUCUUGAAUUCUUCUGUUCUCGGUCUGGGCAAAUGACGAAUGAGCUUGGCAAGUACCUAGGCAUCCCAAUUGUGGCUAAGAGAUGCUCUAAGGUUAAUUGUGAAUUUAUCCUUGAGAAAAUCCGCUCGAAGCUUUCAGGAUGGAAAACUAAAUUUUUCUCCAUGGCUGGUAGAGCCACACUUGUGUCAUUUGUUCUUGCCUCAAUUCCAAAUUACUUCAUGCAGGUGAUGUGGCUUCCCUCAUCUGUCCAUAAAGAAAUUGACAUAAUUUCUAGGAAUUUUUUAUGGGGUUCUGUUGAUGACCAACGCAAGAUUCAUCUUGUGGAUUGGGAUACUAUUUGCAAACCCAAAACUCAUGGCGGCCUUGGAAUUCGUUCUGCUCGUAAUGCUAACACUAUUGCCAUGAGCAAACUCAACUGGAGAAUUCACACAGAAAAGGACAAAAUGUGGAGAGAGGUGUUGGUUAAGAAAUACAACAUCAAUGAUCUCCAGUUUGCUCCUUCCUCUUCUGCCUUUCCAGUUCUUAAAAAUUUAUCUAAAGUGGAUUUGGAAAACCCCAACCCUCCCAACAAUCCAAAUGUUCUUGUGGUUGCUUGCUCCUGGCAAAAUCAAAACUCUGGAGUAUCUCCAUCAUCUUAGCAUUGUCUAUAAUUCGACUUGCAUGAUAUGUAGGAGAUAAAUGGAGUCUAUUGAUCACGUUUUUAGAGAAUGUCUUCAUGUUGUUGCUGUUUUCAACAAAUUAUCUCUUGCUUUUGCUAACAGCCAUAAUGCUAUGAACUUUAGACAUUGGCUGUUUGAGCAUACUCACAAUAGCUCUCUUAGCCCUUUUUUCAACAUUCCUUUGGCUGUUAUUUUUUGCUUUGCUAUUUGGGUUCUUUGGAAUCAAAGGAACCAUUUUUU